GUUUUACUCAUGUUCCUAUGUAUUGGGCCUCUCCUGGGGCACGAGUCCUUGGUGUUUUACGCGUGUUCCUAUAGAUUGCCCGUCUCCUGUGGCUCUAAUCCCGAGCCGAGGGCCCCCCCUCCUGCUCCCAGCUCGCUGGACGUCGGCAGGCGUAACACGGCGGCCCACCACUUCCGAGUGCAGGCUGCCGACAUCGCCAAGGUGGGCCAGCAGGAGCUCAACGCGGUGCAGCGCGAGGCGCGCAGGGCUGGCCCCCGCAGGUCUGCUCGGCGCACGCGGCGCGACCGCCCAGGAGGACAGCUACGGCAAGGGCGCGGCGCUGCUGGCCGCGGACGUGCUGAUCUUCCUCCUCGCACGGCUGGUGCUGCCCUUCUUCACCGCCGUGUGCCUGCCCAGCGCUCGGCGUCCGAGAGAGUGUCGACGGGCUGGGGCGUGGCCCGCAGGCGCGGGCGCAGCCUUCCCGCUGGCGCUCGCUUCGCACUUGCUGAGCGCGUGUGCAGUGCUAGCCAGCCUCCCGUGGCCCCUUUGGCGUCUGGGGCGCUGUGGUGGCAAGCUGGCUUCGAGGAUGCGGAGGCUAGCGGUGCGGUGGCGCACGAGGACUGCGACGUCGGCGGCUCGGCGGGCAUCGACGCUCCUGCUCCCCUGCCUGCUGCGCAUGGUGGUUUUCUUCAUCCUCUUCCUGAUCUUCUUCUUGGCCCUGGCGAGGCGUGCAGCACGGCGUGCACUUCUUCUCCUCCUGUCGGCGCGGACCCCAGUAUCGUCUCGGACUACCUGAUGGCCAACGAAGCUGCCCUCCUCUGCGGGAGCAGCGCGGUUGCCACCAGCGGCACGGACGACGAGCGGGACACGCAGGAGGACGGCGGCCGAGUACAGGGACAGGACCGCGCUCCCAGCCCAUCUUCGACUUCUCCUCGCCUCGGCGGAUUCUACGGCGUCGCGCAGGAGCUCGGUGAGGAUGGAGGGGGUGCCGACGGCGUGGACGGCUUCGGCAGCGUGAACGGCGCCUCGGCCACGGCUGCUCCUGCGCGCGGGCCCGCGCGGCUCUUCGCGCUACGCCGCCACGUCUACGCGGCGACCGUGGCCCUCACGGUCGACCGCGACAUCCGGCGACCGGGCUGGCAGUGCGACGGCUGCGACGUCGACCCUCCGGUGCUGUCGGCUUCUGAGGCUGCCGCUGGCCGAGAGUGGCUCCGCUCCCAGUUCGGGCUUGGGUCCCCGUGGCGGGCUUUGGCGAGCAAGGAGCGGAGGCGGCGCCCUCCCGCCUGAGCGGGCCGUGCUGAGGGGCUCGGCAUUCGGCCCUCAGAUGUCGGCGCGUUCCCUCGGGCGUCUUGCGGACGGGCAAGCGCCUGAGCGAGUGAGGUGGGGAGUGCCUUCGGUGGUCUGGGCCUUUUCAGGCUCGGCACGGGGUGGUUGGUGGCUCGCGUGGCCGCCUCGCCUGACGGCGCACACCCACGUGGCGUGGCGAGUGUGCGGCAAAGACGGGCAAGCGCCUGAGUGAAUGAGGUGGGGAGUGCCCUCGGUGGUCUGAGCCUUUUCAGGCUCGGCACGGGGUGGAUGGUGGCUCGCGCGGCCGCCUCACCUGACGGCGCACGCCCACGCGGCGCGGCGAGCGCGCGGCUACUUGGAGGCCGCUGUUUGCGGAGCCUCCUGGCCGCAUUUUGCGGCUCUCGCCUUCUUGGCGGCAGGAUCGGCUCGUGCUGCACGGGCUGCCUCGUCAUUAAAAGUGGCUCUAAUCCGCACUGUUUGAUGUGCGUCUGUU